UAUAGCGAGACCAAGUCUCUCUCUCUCUCUCUCCUUAUCUUGUCUUCUUCUUUGCAGUCUUUGAAACCCUAGAAAUCCUCGACAUUCGUUCUGACAUAAACCUUAGAGAGGGAAGCUUUUGGGUUAUUAUUCAGAUUCGAAGUUAGAGCGGAGUUAACUCGAGCUCGUGCUGUUCCUUGACCCGGCUAGUAUUGGGAGAUCGAGUUCCUUUUGCUCUUGAAAAGCUGAAAAUGUCGUCCUUGAGCAGAGAAUUGGUGUUUCUCAUACUUCAGUUUCUGGAGGAAGAGAAAUUCAAGGACUCCGUUCAUAGGCUUGAGAAAGAAUCUGGGUUUUACUUCAACAUGAAGUUCUUUGAAGAGAAAGUUCAGGCAGGAGAAUGGGAUGAAGUAGAGAAGUAUUUAUCGGGUUUCACAAAAGUCGAUGAUAAUCGAUAUUCCAUGAAGAUAUUCUUCGAGAUAAGGAAGCAGAAGUAUCUGGAAGCUCUUGAUCGGCAGGACAAGGCAAAGGCUGUUGAAAUUUUGGCUGGUGAUUUGAAGGUGUUCUCCACAUUUAAUGAGGAACUGUACAAAGAAAUCACUCAACUCUUGACCCUCAACAAUUUCAGAGAAAAUGAGCAGCUGUCCAAAUAUGGGGAUACAAAAACAGCUCGCAGAGUAAUGUUGGUAGAACUAAAGAAACUCAUAGAAGCGAAUCCUUUUUUCCGUGAUAAGCUUGCUUUCCCUACUUUGAAGUCCUCAAGACUGAGAACUUUGAUCAACCAAAGCUUAAAUUGGCAGCAUCAGCUAUGCAAGAAUCCAAGGUCUAACCCAGACAUCAAAACUUUAUUCACAGAUCACACAUGUACACCUACAAGCAGUCCGCUCACACCUACACCUGUCAAUCUUCCAGGUGCUUCAAUUGCGAAACCUCUGGCUUAUACGUCACUUGGUCCCUUCCCCCCAACUGCUGCAGCAGCUACUAAUGCUGGUGCUUUAACAGGCUGGAUGGCCAAUGCGUCUGCCUCUUCAUCUGUUCAAGCUGCUGUUGUCACUGCAUCAUACAUGCCUGUUCCACAAAAUCAAGUUUCAGUCUUGAAGUGUCCUAGAACACUUCCAUCGGUUCCUGGCAUGGUUGAUUAUCAGAACCCUGACCAUGAACAGUUAAUGAAAAGAUUACGGCCUGCUUCAUCAGUUGAUGAGGUUACAUAUCCUACACCCCGGAAGCAAGCCUGGUCAUUGGAGGACCUGCCAAGAACAGUGGCUUUGACCAUGCAUCAAGGAUCCAUGGUCACAAGCAUGGAUUUUCAUCCUUCACACAACACAUUGCUACUCGUUGGUUCCGCCAAUGGUGAAAUUACAAUUUGGGAACUCGGAAUGCGGAAGAAAUUGGUCUCAAAACCAUUCAAGAUAUGGGAGAUGUCGGCAUGUUCAAUGCCAUUACAGGCUUUGAUGGUCAGUGAUACCACAAUAUCUGUCAGCCGCGUCACAUGGAGUCCUGAUGGAAGUUUUGUAGGGGUUGCAUUUUCCAAACACUUAAUUCACUUGUAUGCUUAUGGUGGAUCAAAUGAUCUAAUCCAGCGGUUAGAGAUUGAUGCCCAUGCUGGUGGUGUUAAUGACUUAGCUUUUGCUCAUCCAAACAAACAAUUUUGCAUUGUUACCUGUGGAGAUGACAAGAUCAUAAAGGUGUGGGAUUCAGCGACAGGAAAAAAACUGUUCAAUUUCGAAGGUCAUGAUGCACCGAUUUAUUCCAUCUGCCCGCAUCAUAAAGAGAACAUUCAGUUCAUAUUUUCAACUGAUGCCAAUGGGAAAAUUAAGGCCUGGCUGUAUGAUAAUUUGGGUUCCAGAGUUGACUAUGAUGCCCCAGGUCACUCGUGUACUAGGAUGCUUUACAGUGCCGAUGGAAGUAGAUUGUUCUUUUGUGGAACAAGUAUAGAUGGAGAAUCGUUUUUGGUUGAGUGGAAUGAAAGUGAAGGAGCGAUAAAGAGGACAUAUGUUGGGUUUAGAAAGAAAACAGCCGGCGUUGUGUCUUUCGACACAGCACAAAAUCAUUUACUGGCUGCAGGAGAAGAUAGCCAGAUAAAGUUUUGGGAUAUGGAUAAUAUCAAUCUUCUCACUUUCACAGAUGCCGAGGGUGGACUCCCUUCUUCCCCAUGUGAAUUCAGUAAGGAAGGAAAUCUCCUUGCUGUGACAACAGCAGACAAUGGAAUCAAAAUACUCGCAAAUGCUGUCGGUCUCAGAUCUUUAAGAACUGUUGAAACAUCUUUUGAUCCAUUGAGAACACCCAUUGCUUCUGCUGCAAUUAAGGCUUCAGGAUCAUCUUCUGCAGUAGCAAAUGUUGGUCCUUCCAAUUUUAAAGUGGAAAGGAGCUCUCCUAUCAGGCCCUCUUCCGUACAUAAUGGAGUUGAUCCCUUAGGUAGAAGUAUUGAAAAGCCAAGAGUUCUGGAUGAUGCAAUAGACAAUACUAAACCCUGGCAGUUAGCUGAAAUUGUGGAUCCUGGUCAAUGUCAGCUAGUUACUUUACCCGACAGCACGGAUAGCUCCAGCAAGGUGGUUCGGCUUUUGUAUACAAAUAAUGCCAAUGGUAUUUUGGCACUUGGAUUGAAUGGUGUUCAGAAGCUAUGGAAGUGGCUUCGUAACGAACAGAAUCCAUCCGGAAAGGCCACUGCCAAUGUUGUUCCACACCAUUGGCAACCAACUAGUGGUCUUAUGACUAAUGAUGUCAUAGGUGUCAACUUGGAAGAAGCUGUGCCCUGCAUAGCAGUCUCAAAGAACGAUUCAUAUGUACUCUCGGCCACUGGGGGAAAAGUUUCUUUGUUUAACUUGAUGACUUUCAGGGUAAUGACAACAUUCAUGUCUCCUCCUCCGGCUUCAACAUUCUUAGCAUUCCAUCCUCAGGAUAAUAACAUCAUUGCAAUUGGAAUGGAGGAUUCAACUAUCCAUAUUUACAAUGUCCGGGUAGCUGAGGUGAAAUCAAAGUUGAAAGGUCAUCAAAAGCGAAUAACUGGUUUGGCCUUUUCAACCAGCCUCAAUAUCUUGGUUUCUUCAGGUGCUGAUGCUCAUCUGUGUGUGUGGAGCAUUGAUACGUGGGAGAAAAGGAAAUCAGUUGCAAUCCAAAUCCCAGCUGGAAAAGCACCUACAGGUGAAACGCGAGUACAGUUUCACUCUGAUCAAAUUCGCAUGCUUGUAGUUCAUGAAACACAAUUAGCAAUAUAUGAUGCCUCAAAGAUGGAGCGUAUUCGACAGUGGAUUCCUCAAGAUGUACUGUCUGCACCCAUAACUUACGCAGCAUACUCCUGUAAUAGCCAAUAUGUGUAUGCUACCUUUCGGGAUGGUAAUAUCGGGGUAUUUGACGCUGAUAACAUGAGGCUUCGAUGUCGUAUUGCUUCAUCAGUUUACUUGUCUCCGGUGAUCCUAAAAGGAAACCAAGCAGUAUAUCCGCUGGUGGUAGCUGCACAUCCAAUGGAGGCAAACCAAUUUGCAAUCGGGCUGAGCGAUGGAAUAGUGAAAGUGAUGGAGCCAUCAGAAUCUGAAAGGAAAUGGGGAGUUAAUCCACCACCGAUGGAUAAUAGUGCGGUGAAUGGUCGGACAACAUCGUCGUCUACCACAAGCAAUCACACAGCUGAUCAGUUACAAAGAUAAGUAUGCGAUGAGAUUAAGAUAUAUGUCCAUAGUCGUUAAAAUCUGUAAUUCCAUAUAUAUGUAAAAAAAAAAUGUAUAAAACUAGGUGUUCUUAGUAUGUCUAAAUGAUUAACAAGUGACUGAAUGACCAAAUUCUUGUAUAAUAUUU